AUGUCACAAUCUUUGCGCCCAUAUCUCCAGGCUGUGCGCUCGUCCCUGACCGCCGCACUCGCCCUUUCGAACUUCGCCUCCCAGACCUCCGAGCGCCACAAUGUGCCGGAGAUUGAGGCCGCUAGCAGCCCCGAGCUUCUCCUCAAUCCGUUGACAAUCAGCCGCAACGACACAGAACGUGUUCUGAUCGAGCCGAGUGUGAACUCAGUAAGAAUUUCGCUGAAGGUCAAACAGGCCGAUGAGAUUGAGCACAUCCUUGUACACAAGUUCACACGUUUCCUGACUCAACGCGCCGAGUCGUUCUUUAUUCUUCGACGGAAGCCUAUCGAGGGCUACGACAUCUCCUUCCUAGUGACGAACUACCACACCGAGGCUCUGCUCAAGCAUAAGUUGGUCGACUUUAUUCUUCAAUUUAUGGAAGAGGUGGACAAGGAGAUCAGUGAGAUGAAGCUUUUCUUGAACGCUCGAGCUCGAUUCGUUGCCGAGUCUUUUUUGACUCCGUUUGAUUAA